AGUAAUUGUACUUUAAAACGUUAACCUGUUAGGAGUAACACGUGCUUUUUUGAUUGUUAUAACCUAAGUAUUAACUUUUGGAGUACCGGUAUAGUUAUUUGUUAUCAAAACGGAUGACAACUCAUUUACAUAAUAAUGAAAGGUUUAUUAAAGAAUCUCAAAGAGUUUUAUUCUAAAAAUUCCUCGAUUCACAGUUUAAAAGAAUUAUUUUCAAAGUAUAUAAACAAGGAGGAUUUAAAUGAAAAUGAUUGCAAGGAAGUAAUAGAAAAAUUAUCCUGUCACGUUUUAAUGGAUCAAAACCAUGUUCAACAUGUAGCAGAGUUUUUUCCUCAGUAUUUAAUUCUUCUAUUAUCACAUGCUAUUCCUAUAGAAUGCAAUGAAUUAAACGCAGAGUCAAAUCCACAGUUGCAUCGCUUGAAUUGUGUCAUUCUUGGAAAAUUAAUAUCUAUCAACCCGGAUGUCUUGGGAUUCACUUUACGAUAUUUUGAAGUUUAUCCAGCGCCUUUCGCAACUGCUGUUGAAUCAACUCCGGCUAAAAAAUUUAAAAGCCAUCACGUGUCAUGUAAAGUUCAAGAUGUAUCUGAUUAUGAUAUAGUCGUUGCGACUUAUAAUAUUUUAUGCGUUGCUUCAAAUCAUUUCAAGCACAAGUGGAAUUGGUCUGUAUUUUAUAAUUUUUUAUCCCAAGAUAAUGAUCAAUUAAAAUGGAUUGCUUUAAAAUGCAUCGGAAUCGUAUUAAACAUGUCAGAAUCUACAAAAAUGACAUGUGCUAAGAUAUUAAUUCCUAAUUUUCAUCAAUUUUUAAUUAAUCACAAUACUCAUGAUAAUAAUAUUGUACUUACAACUGAUGACAGCAAUUUACAAGAAUUAGAAAAAACUGUCGCAGACUCUGACUCUCUUGUUUCAAUCGCUGGAGUUCUGCUUCCAGUAUUUGAUAAAGCUAAUCGUGUACAGUCUUCCUUAGUUCCAGUUCCAUCAAUGGAAUCUAACUUGCAAAGUCUUGCUCUAGCAGUUGCCUCAAGAAAGUGUGUUUGUCUUCAAGGACCAGUUGGCUGCGGGAAAACAGCAUUAGUUGAAUAUUUAGCUAAAGUAACAGGACGUGGACCGUCUGAUUUUAUUAAAGUUCAAUUAGGAGAACAAACUGAUUCAAAAAUGCUGUUAGGAACUUAUAGAUGUACAGAUAUUCCAGGAGAAUUUGUUUGGCAACCUGGUGUUCUUACUCAAGCUGUUGUUAGUGGGAAAUGGUUGCUUCUGGAAGACAUUGAUAGUGCGGCUCUUGAUGUUAUUAGUGUUUUAAGUAAUUUAAUGGAAACUGGUACUUUGUCAGUACCAGGAUACCGUGACACAAUUCAUACCAAGAGUGGGUUUCAAUUAUUUGUAACCCAACGAUUAAUUUCUUCGGCAUCUGGACUAUUUCGACAGUCUGCAAAUGCUACUAAUUUACUUGGAAAACAUUGGCUUUGUGUUCACAUGGAUCCUCUGACUAAAGAUGAAUUAAUUACUGUUGUUAAAACUCUUUUUCCUGUUUUAACAACAACAGCAACUAAAAUAAUAGAUGUGUUUUUACUAUUUUCAAUGGGAGAUCACGGGGCUGAAGAUGAAACAGAAGAAAAAUUAUCAACAGCUGGAAGAUUAAUUUCUACAAGGGAUUUAAUUAAGUGGUGUACUCGAUCAAUUGUUAAUUUCAAUGUUUCACAAGAAUACACUGCUCGUAAACUUCUUUUAGAUGCUGUAGAUAUUUUUUGUUGUUCUGUACCAGACACCAAAAAAAGACUAGAUCUUGCUAUUGCCGUUGGACACAUAUUGGGAAUUGUAAAAACUGAAACUGAGAGUAUGAUGAGCACUCGCACGAUUGAAGUAUCUAAUGAUGAUAAAGUUUUCACAGUUGGACGAGCUGUGAUUAAUCGUAAUACAAAUAGAUCUGUGCAGAAUGAUAAAACAAAAGAUAAUUUCACUACUAAAUCAAGACCAUCUGCAGUUUUAUUAGAACGUGUUGCCUGUUGUAUAAUGCAAAAUGAACCUGUUUUAUUAGUUGGUGAAACAGGUACAGGAAAAACUAGCUCUAUUCAGUAUUUAGCGAAAAAGGCAGGUCAUAAACUUAUUGUGAUAAACAUGAACCAACAAAGUGAAAGUGCAGAUUUAUUGGGAGGAUACAAACCAGUAGAUCUAAAACAUUUAAUUAAACCAAUCAGAGAAGAAUUUGAAGUGCUUUUUCGUGCGUAUUUUGCAGUUAUACCUAAUAAAAAAUUUCUCGAUUACUUGGGUACUGCUUAUACAGAAGGAAACUGGAAAACAUUAAUCACUCUGAUGAGUCACAGUGCAACUGCAGCUCUAAAAAGGCUCCGCGGGGACAUAGAUAAAAUCAAAACUGGAACAAAAAGAAAAAGUGACGAUGGUGAUGUACAAAAACAGUUAGAAACUAAUCAAAAAAAAUUAGUUCAGUGGGAAAAAAUAAAUAUAAAAUUGGACAAAUUAAAAUCACAACUAAAAACGGAACUAUCUUUAGCAUUUGCUUUUAUAGAAGGUAGUUUAAUCAAAGCUUUACAAGAAGGCUACUGGGUCCUUCUUGACGAAAUAAAUUUAGCAUCAUCAGAAACACUUGAGUGCUUAUCUGGAUUAUUAGAAGGAUCAACUGGAUCACUCUCUUUAUUUGAACGUGGUGAUAAAGAAUCUAUUAAAAGGCAUAAAGAUUUUAAAAUUUUUGCUUGUAUGAAUCCUGCUACCGAUGUUGGAAAAAAAGAACUUCCAAUCGGCUUAAGAAAUAGAUUUACUGAAUUUUAUGUUGACGAGUUAACAGAGAAAUCAGAUUUACAGGCACUGGUCAUAUCAUACCUCGAAGGAUUAAAUUUAGAACCAACUAUUUUGAAUAAUAUUGUUAAAUUUUAUUUACAAGUUCGUAAGGACGCUGUGAAUAAAUUAUAUGAUGGUACUGGUCAUACACCACAUUACAGUUUACGUACAUUGUGUAGGGCACUGAGUGUAACCGUUUCAUUUAAGUCUGGUUGUACUUUACGAUCACUUUACGAAUCAUUUUGUCUUAGUUUUUUAACUCAACUAGAUAGUGUUUCUUACAAACUUGUAGAGCAAUCGAUUAAAAAUAUGAUACAUAGUAAAUCGUGGAAAGAAACAUUAAAAGCUCCAAUAACAAACCCUAGUACGAAAAAUAAUGUUUUUAUUAAAUUUGAACCUUAUUGGGUACCACGAGGCACUUUGGAUCCUAAAAAACCAAAAGAUUACAUUAUUACAGAAUCUAUUAAGCAAAAUUUACGUGAUCUUGCUCGAGUUGUGGCAAUAAGUAGAAUGCCGGUAUUAAUUCAAGGUAAUACAUCUGUUGGUAAAACAAGUCUAAUAAAAUAUCUUGCUAAAGCAUCAGGGCAUGUAUGUGUUCGUAUUAAUAAUCACGAACAUACGGACCUUCAAGAGUAUGUCGGAAAUUAUGUAGCUAAUGAAACAGGAAAGCUUGUGUUUAAGGAAGGAGUUUUAGUUGAAGCAAUGCGUAAAGGAUAUUGGAUUAUUUUAGAUGAGUUAAAUUUAGCGCCAAGUGAUGUUUUAGAAGCAUUGAAUCGUGUUCUUGAUGAUAAUCGAGAACUUUUUAUACCCGAAACGCAAGAAUCUAUUAAAGCGCAUAAUAAUUUUAUGUUAUUUGCAACGCAAAAUCCACCAGGUGUUUAUGGUGGUCGUAAAGUUUUAUCACGAGCAUUCAGAAAUCGUUUUGUUGAGCUUCAUUUUGACGAAAUACCUUCUACUGAUUUAGAGAUUAUUUUAGAGAACAAAUGCAAUGUACCCACAAAAUAUUGUAAAAUUAUGAUAAAUGUUAUGAAAGAUUUGCAAUUGAGACGAAAAAAUACAGCAGCUUUUAUGGGUAAACACGGAUUUAUUACGUUACGUGAUUUAUUUAGAUGGGGUGAUAGAUACAAAGCCAAAGAAGUUAAUAAAGUUAUUGACAAAAAAACUAAAAUAAUUACUAAUCAGUCUGAAAAGUAUGAUUGGCAACAACUACUUGCUGACGAAGGCUAUCUUGUGCUUGCUUCGAAAGUUCGUCAACCCGACGAGGCUAAAGAAAUUAUCGAAGUGCUUAAAAAACAUUUUAAAUGUGUUGUUGAUCCAGAAAAUUUAUUUACUCUUCAUGAAAAAACAUCUCCUGAAACAAGAUCAAUACUUGAAACACUUGAGAAUAUUAAAAGAUCACCCAUGCCAGGAUUUGAGCAUAUUGUUUGGACGUAUCAAAUGAGACGAAUGGCUGUUCUGGUAAUUAAAUCUUGUCAGUUCAAAGAACCUAUUUUGCUAGUUGGUGAAACUGGAGGUGGAAAAACGACAGUUUGUCAACUAGCUGCAGUACUAAGAGCUAAAAAUCUUUACAGUGUUAAUUGUCACAUGAAUACAGAGUCAUCAGAUUUUUUGGGUAACUUAAGACCUGUCAGAGAACACACGGAAGAUAAUCAAAGAUUAUUUGAAUGGGUUGAUGGUCCAUUAAUAUCUGCCAUGCGAAAUGGUGAUUUAUUUUUGGCUGAUGAAAUUUCUCUCGCUGAUGAUAGUGUACUUGAAAGAAUGAACUCACUGUUAGAACCAGAACGUACACUUUUAUUGGCAGAAAAAAACAACGAUUCAAUCGAUAAAAAUCAAGCUGAUUGUGGAAUCACAGCACAUGAAGAUUUUUGUUUUAUUGGUACAAUGAAUCCCGGCGGUGAUUACGGUAAAAAAGAACUUUCGCCUGCAUUACGUAAUCGAUUUACAGAAAUUUGGUGCGAAGGUUGUGUUUCUGAUAAUGAUCUCCGUAAUAUUAUUGAGUACAACUUACGACCUGAAGAAAUAAAAAAUGAAAAUCAAGAUAUAGCUACUGCUAUAUUAGCAUUUAUAAAUUAUUUCAAAUUAUCUGGAAUAGGUAAAAAAUUUGUAGUAAGUGUAAGAGAUAUUUUAACUUGGGUAAACUUCAUUAAGUUUUGCCGCAACGCAAGUAAUUCAAAAUUAACAACUUCAGUAGCAUUUAUUGAAGGAGCUCGGCUAACUUAUCUCGAUGGUUUGGGUUCCGGAGUUACUGGUACAGAGAGUAAAGAUAAAUUAGAAGCAUUUAAAAAGAACAUUUUUAUAUAUUUAGAGCCAUUUAUUAACCAAUUGAAGAAUUACGAUCAUACUGUUUGUGAAGAAAAUAUAAAUGAACGAGAAGAUAUGUUUGGCAUCGAUCCGUUUUACAUUCCUACUGGACCUAAUGGAAAAUAUUCUGUUACAAGUUUUACAUUUGAUGCUCCCACUACUAAAUCCAAUAAAUUGAAAAUUUUACGAGGACUACAAUUAAAAAAACCACUUUUGUUAGAAGGAAGUCCCGGAGUCGGUAAAACUAGUCUUGUUUCGGCUAUUGCGAAAGCAUCUGGACAUAAUUUACUGAGAAUAAAUUUAAGCGACCAAACCGAUAUAUCUGAUUUAUUUGGUGCUGAUUUACCAGUUGAAGGAGGAAAAGGUGGACAAUUUGCCUGGAGAGAUGGUCCUUUCUUACGAGCAUUAAGAGCAGGCGAUUGGAUACUACUCGAUGAGUUGAAUUUAGCGUCGCAAUCCGUCUUGGAGGGUUUAAAUGCUUGCCUUGAUCAUCGUGGUGAAGUUUAUAUUCCGGAGCUCGCUCGUUCAUUUGUGGUUAAAACAGGAACAAAAUUAUUCGCUUGCCAAAAUCCUCUUAGUCAAGGUGGAGCGAGACGGGGGUUACCUAAAUCUUUCCUCAAUAGAUUUACUCAGGUGUUUGUUGAUGCAUUGUCGGAUGAUGAUUUAAAAAUUAUUGCCAACAGCCAAUUUAAAUGUGUCGAUAAAACGAUAAUUGAUAAAAUUAUUGAAUUCAAUUCAGUAAUAUCAACAGAAGCUGGAGUUUCUUGGGGAUAUCAUGGCUCUCCUUGGGAAAUGAAUUUACGAGAUAUUACACGAUGGUGUGAAUUAUAUUAUGAAAUGAAAAUGUCUAGUUAUAAAGACGCUCGAAUUACGGCUACUGAAUUAAUUUAUGUUGAUCGCAUGCGUACUGCAGACGAUAAAGAAAAAGUAAGAGAAUUAUUCCGUAAUGUGUGUCAAUUGCAAUCUUAUAUAAACAAACAACCCUACAUACAUGUUGAUGAAGAAAAUUUAUACUUUGACAAUAUUAUUUUACCCCGGAGCGAAAAUUCAUACUGUGUUGAUCAUAAUUUACUUGUGCUUCGAAAUCAAAUUCCGGUGCUGAAAAGUCUUGCUUUGUGUGUUAAAAUGAAUUGGAUGCCUAUUCUUAUUGGAGAAUCUGGAACCGGAAAAAGUAGUGUUGUUCGUGUACUUGCUCAGCUAGCAGGACAAAAAUUGCAGUCAAUCGCCGUCAACUCAGCAAUGGAUACAAUAGAAAUUCUCGGAGGCUUUGAACAAACCGACUACAACCGACACUUGGAAGAGCUGAUUGAAAGGACUGAGAAUCUUUUGAUUAACGCUUUGAGAAUCACACUCGUUAAACAAAAUCAUCAAGUAUCUGAGCUUUACGAGCAGCUAGAAGGAAUAAAACAGCUAUCUAAUGAAGAGACUCUCUCGACAACAAUGGCAAUUGAGACUAAAAACUUUUUACACCGUACUGAAGAACUCUUGAGGCUAAUUUCUCGAAUGGAAAAACUAAAAACACUUGAAGCUUUUGAGAAGGUGGAGUUAACAUCGAUCAAUGAGAAACUACAAAAUCUAUCGAAGCUGGUGAAGCAAGACAACUGUCUCAAUGCAGGCGGAAAGUUCGAAUGGAUCGAUAGCGUGCUAGUAAAGUGUUUACAAGAUGGUACGUGGCUCUUGAUAGAUCAAGUAAAUCUCUGCAGUCCAGCUGUGCUAGAUAGAUUAAACGGUUUACUUGAGCCUGGUGGCGUACUUACCAUUGGUGAGCGAGGUGUUGAUAAUGAUGGUAAUAUCCAUACAAUAAAACCUCACAGUAAUUUCCGUCUUUUCUUAACUAUGGAUUCACGUUAUGGAGAAAUAUCAAGAGCAAUGAGAAACAGAGGUGUUGAAAUAUUUUUGCUUGGCCACAAAGAAUGUCAAAGUGAAAAUGAGCUUGAUACAAAAUCAUUGAUGUUCGACUUGGGUUUGACACAAAAUAAUCAUCAAGAGGCGAUGUUAAACAUUCAUCGUGAAAUAUUGAGUCAAAAGCUUUUAACAGAUAAACUCAGCACUAUUCAACUACUGCACUCGGCCUUUCUGAUUACUCAGCAAAUAUUAAGAGGAUUUGCUGUGAAAAAAGCAUUCACAACAGCCUGUGUGGACGUUUACAUAAAAUCACGAUACAUUCACAAUUCAAAGAUGAAACAUCAUAUAUUAUCGAUUAUAAAUAAUAUUAUUGAUCAAUAUAAUAUUACAGAUAAUGUUCCACUUACUAUUGAUCUACGUGCUAUUACGUGGAAUGUACGCGAUCUUCAAGAUAACGUUCGAUUGACAAUAAUAAAUCAGCAAGCUACGUUGUUAUUGUCGUUGAUUAAUAAAUAUUGCCAAGAUGCAUCAUUGAGUACCUCAACUACGGAAUUCCUGAAUAAAUAUCUCAAUCCAGAUGGAAAUAAAAAUCUUAUUGUCAUCGAUAUAAAGAAAAUAGUUCCUUAUUUACUUCUAACAUUCUUUGAAAAAUCUUCAACUAAAGAUUUUACACUGAGAAGCACAUGGUUACUAGAACAGUUACGUAAUUCACAUUUAGAUGCUUUGAUCCCAUCUAUAGAAUGUAAAAUAAAAGCAAUGACAGAAGAAAUUCAUCAAACACAAAUUGAAAAAAAUCUAGAGAGCUCUUUACCUUGGUAUCGAUGCAUAUCAGAUAACUCUUUAAAAUCUAAUCAAAAUAAUGCACAAUUAUUAUCAAUAAGACUUUAUUUGAAGAGUAUGGAUAUAAAAUAUCCCCAAACUUUAUCUGCAGUUGUCAAUAAGAACAUUAUUACGUUAGAAAAAUACUCUGACAGAGUAUGUUCAAACGAUGAGCAGUGUAGCAGUGUAGCACCAAUUGCAACGUUUUUUGUACCUUUUCUUACUUUGGUAAACCGAUGGAUCAAUACUUAUUUUAAAGAUUUAUGUGAUUGCAGUAAUAAUAAUAAGUAUAUUGAAUUGAGACAAGAUCUUCAAUGGUUCCGGCGUUUUUACGAGCAAGGCCAGUUAACGUUCAUAAAUAAAUUGCGGCGAGAAAAUGAAAAGAUAGAAAGUGAUCAUACAGAAAUGUUAUUAAAAGUUCAUUAUCGUUGGCUAAGAAAAUUACUAACUAGAACAUUUGAAGAAUGCGAUGAUUUAGUAAGAAAUGAAAAUGAACAUACUAUUGAAUCGCUAAAAGAAUUUAUGUCUGAAUUUGAUGAUUAUCUACGUGAUCAACAGUCAUUUAAAAAAUUAACUAAAAAAGUUAAAGAGCAACUUAAUAUUCUUCAUCCUUUUACAUCCGAAGCAAUGAUUAAAUACUACAAAAAACUUGUUUUUUAUUAUGAAGAUUAUUUCUUGCCUAAAAAUACAGAAUUUAGUUAUCAGCUAAAUUUAGUAUUUCGUCAAUUAGAAGAAACUAAGAAUAUCAGAUUUGAAUUGACAAAACUCUGGGAAAAUAUCUUCAAUGAUGAAUUUAAUGAAGAAAUGGCAAAAGAUGUUAUGACUAAAAUUGAAUUGUUAUUAGAGGAAUAUCAGUUAUUGAGUAGCUUCAAGAUAAAAGAAUUCACUGAAAAAAUUUUAUCAACUCAUUCAAAGAAAACUUUAAUUGAGAUGUCAGCGAAUGUCCAAUUAUGGCCCGUUUAUGAACAUACGUUUGUUAUUUUCGCACAUAAAUUACACUGUCAAUUAAAUGAAGCAUUUAACGGUAGUAUUACUAUUAAUAGUUCAUUAAUAAAUAAAUUUAACCACCUUUCUUGCGUGCCAGUGAACUUAAUAGCCGUGUUAUCGACUCUCAUAAAUAAAAGUGAUGAACGUGAGAACUGCGAACGAUUAUUGCCGGAAUUAUUCAGAUACCUCACUCAGUAUAAAGGUCGAGAUACUUACAACCAUUCCAAGUUCAUUAAUUACUUAAUGAGCGGAUUUGACGAGGAUUUAAGCUCUGGAGAAUUUAUUGAAUCGAACGAUAAAUUUAAUUACUGUGACAAUCAUCCAGUAUUAAUAAAUACUUUAUCGGAUUUACUAUUAUCUAAGGAUAAUAAAGAAAAUUUGAUUGUAUCGACGGCUCCAAUAGGAUUUUAUAAUACACACAUUCAACAGAUGAGUACAAUAAAUAGUAUGCUGUGGCGUAAUAGUAUAUCUUUUAAUUCCGAUCAAUACAAUUUAAUAUUAAAUGAUUGCAAAGCUUUUAAAUGUUAUGCUGACAUUUAUCUCGCAGUUAUUGAUAAAGUUGAAAAAACUUAUGAUGUAUCUAAAUUGAUAACAUAUAAUGAUAAACAAAAUUCUCAGGGAAAUUGUGAAAAUAUAUAUGAAAUUUGUUAUAAAACUCCUGUUGAGAAAAUGAAAUCAAUCAAAAGUAAUUGGGGUAAUGAAUGUAAUUAUAAGACAGAAGCUUUUGAUAGAGGAAUGGGAUGGGUAUACUUAGGAUUUCAUCAAUAUUUCCUUUUCAGUCACUUAGGUUUUAUUGAUCCAGUAUUGAAAACUGAAUUAAAGCUUAAAUAUAUAAACGAUGACAUUGAAGAUCUUGAGAAUUUAAUAUACGCAAAUACAUUAGAUUCUUAUCUACUUGAUGAUGAAGGUUGGAUGGGACAUGGAGGCGAAUCAUCUCGUGUUGCCAGUGCGAAAAAAUGUCUUGAUAUUUUAUACGACGUACAAGGUGAAUUAGCUAAAUCAACAGGUUAUCGAUCAUCAGAUGUACGCUUUGUUGAUUUAUCCAGAAAAAUGUCUCGUUUUAGAGAUGACAUUGGUACAGCCAAAAAUAUUAUCACAAGUUGUGAGAAUUUAUGUAAUAUAAUAGUAAACAGUAUGAUGGGUAAUGGAUAUUUAAAUAAAUCAAAUGAAUUUGAAUUAACAACGGCCGUAAAUGUAUUAAUAAACCAAAAAAAUACAUGGCAAAGAUUUUAUGAGUCUUUAGAAAAUGAAUUUUUGCCAUAUUAUCGCGAACUAGUGUCACCUAUUAUCAACGGAUUGAAUAAAAUUAUUCAUGGUGGUAAUAUUUUAAUCAAAGAAGCUAAUCGCUUAAUUUCACGAGAAAAAACUAGCAUUGGUGUCGCCACAAAAAAAUUAUCAGCUCAAAAUUUAUUGUACAACUUGGUAAGAUUUCCUACUAUUGGUACCGAUCAAGAAAAUUUAUUAAAAUUAAUAGAUUUUCAUAUAUCCCAAAACAGCAAAGAAUUUAUAAUGAAAUACGUUGGCAAAGCAGAUAAAUCAAAAUCAUACUUAGAAGUCUUUCGUGUAUUGAAAAGCAGUCUAUCAGAGCUUUACAAUCAUAUAACACUAACAAAACAGCUGACAAAGCCUUUGUGGAAUAAACUGAAUGAGUUGCUUUCGCAAAUUUGGUUAGUAUGGAAAAAGCAACAAAUGGAAUUAGAGAAAGCAGCGGCAGAAUCUCAAAGCUUAUACAAAGGAAGCGUCAGUAUACAUUGUCAAACAUUAAGUGACGAAGAGGAAAUAAACCAACAGUUACGACAAUUGUUUCCUAUUACUCAAGAGUUUGAUGACAUUCAGGAAGUAAAGACGCUUGAGGCUCAAACUAAUUUUAAAGACUCUUCUAAAACUAUUGAUUCAUUUGUCAAUGUAAUAACAGAUGAUGACUUGGUAGAAGUGUAUAAAAUUCACUCUCUAAUUGUUAAGUCGUAUGCUUCUGCUUCGUGGUUGAAACAUUCAGAUUUUAUCAAAUUACCCAGCCGUAAUUAUAUCGAUCCAUUAAUCCAAAGAUAUCAUACAUUUGGAUUACUUCGUCCUGAAGUAGAACAAUCUUUUUCAGCAGACUUGUCUACAAAAUUACACACUAGUUUCAAUGUACUAGCAUCGUUUGCAGUGGCCACUAGUCUAGGAGAAAAUUACCACGUUAAUGAAAAUGAUGAAAAAAACAAAAGUUACGACUUCUACAAGAAUAGCAAUAUCGAACAGGUCAAGAAGUGUGUACCGAUUCUUGAAGGUUUGACAGAAAUUGUUGAAUCUUAUCUGGUUGAAUGGCCCGGACAACCAACUUUAGAGUCAAUUCAAAUGAUAAUUACGAGAAUAAAUAACUUCCCGAUUACAUCAUCUGUAUCAAGAUUUUUGAUGGGACUUGAAAUUCUUCUGAGUAAAACACGCGAGUGGAAAGAAAUGUCUGCUCGUAAAGGUGAUCGAUUAGCUGAAUAUACAUUGUCAUUGGAGCAACAAAUAAAAGAUUGGCGACGUCUUGAACUUGGCUGCUGGAAAGAUUGCUUAAACUCGACGUUUAAAAGAUUACAAGCUAAAGCGUCUAAAUGGUGGUUCUUCCUUUACUCUAUUGUAGAAUCGUACGUCAAUAAAACAUCGUUGAAAGCGGAAAUCCCCGAAGAAGUCAAAGAAAAAUCUGGUGAUGAUAAUGAUAAUGAGAUUGUAACUACUAAAAAAUUGAUUAAGUUAUUAGAAAUUUUUAUGAAUCAAUCUUCGCUCGUUGAAUUUCAAGCUCGGCUUGAUUUAUUGUUAACAUUCCAUUCUCAUGUAUUUCAUUUAGAUCAAAGUGAAGAGAGAAGUGAGUUAUUAGCUAUUUUCUGGAAUAAAUAUAAUUAUUAUCACAGAUUUUCAGAUGAUGUGAGUAAAAAAAUAAACCAAUUGAAGGCAACCGUUGGCAAAGAUGUAAAAGAUCAAGUAACUAUCGCUAAUCGGACUAAAAUCGAUCGUUGGACUGUAGAAGAGUUAGUGAAAAAAGUUCAUAGAAAAUUACUCGAUUGCAUUAAAAAAUACGAAACUGGAUUGAAAGAAAGUGUUGGAGCAUGUCUAGCAAUUAGAUCAUCAAAUUACUCGUCCGAAGCUGAUAAAGGUGAGUGGGAUCGUUCGAAAAUACGUGACUACUCAAUCAACCCUGAAGACUUUAUAGUAUCUGAAAAUAAUAUUAAUGAAAAAUAUUCACUGCCAUCUAAAGGCUUACGGGCAGACACAAUUAAGCACUUUAAUGAAGUUAAAGAACGUUGCCGAAGAACGAUUUUAUCAUCAAUUUAUCCUGGAUUACGUGUUGAACUCGAAGAGCAUAUCGAAGCUCUUAUCGGUAAUGCGAUUAGAUUAAAAAACAUGGAAGUGAAUCGUGAAUUGCCAAAAGAAAAACAAAAAUCUCACGCAAAGAGUAUUCUUCAGACGAAAAAAUUAGAGCUUAAACUUUAUUUUGAUACCCUCAAAAGCUUUGGACUGUCUGACAAUAAAGGUAAUAGUGAUUGGAAAAAUAAACCUCAUGAAGUUUUAGAUAUGACUGUUCCACCGUUAGAUAUACAAAGUACUCUCGAGAGAUUUGAAAGUUCCACUGAAUCUGAUAAACAAAUGUUGGCUCAUUGGAAUGGCAGUGAGAACUAUUAUUACAAGUCGUGUAUUAAAUUGAAUGCAUUGAUAAGCACAUUUACUAAAAUUCAAACAGAUUUGGGUCCAGGGAAUAUGGAACGAUGCAAAGGAUAUUCAGUUGACAUCAUAACUAAAGCGCACAAACAGAAAAGAAUUCUCAGUAAAUCGAUAAAUGUUUAUGCAACAUUGAGGCAGCAAGUGUCUAAUUUAAUGAAUGUUAAUACUGGUAAUAAAAAUACAAGUCUUCCGUAUCACCAAGAUAUAGCUGAGUGUGCUACGGAAUUAAAUGAGUUAUUAGCGAGCUUAUUAAUUGGACUGGAACAGAUUGAGCUAUAUAUCCAAGCUUGCCCUCGAGAUCUUGUAACAGAUGAUCGAGUAAUUACCUUAGAAUCAUCCGAUCUUCCGCUAAUUAAUGCGAUGAAAGGCGAUCAAACUUGGGAAUCUGCGAACAUUUUAAUUAGAGACGCUAUUAAAUCUAUCGGUGAUGUAUCUACAGUUCACAAUAAAAUGUUUUCAAGUACGCCUACGGUUACUCUAAUUAGAACUCAUGGUCAUUUUGAUUCGUUGAAAAAUAGUUGCAAAAAUGUUGAAAAAAUUAGUGAAAUUAUUACGACACUUGGAAAUAUGUUUGGUAAUGAACAAAUAAAGUAUCACCCACUUUUAGAGACUAUUGAAUUUCUCACAAAGCAAUCUAAACGAUGGAUUAAUAAAUUUAAUGAUAUAAAAACAUUUGACAGUGACCUGACGAUUAAAAAUGACUCAGUCAUCCAAGAUGUAAAGACUAAAAUAAAGUAUCUUGUUGCAAUUAUUUUGCACGUGGUAAAAAAGAAUGAAGAAGCAUCGCAAAGUGAUUCAUCUUCUAAUGAGUUAACUCACCAAGAUAAAAAGAACAUUGAUAAUGAAAACAAAGAAGAAGAAGAAGAAGAACAGUCACUUGUAGAAAAUAACGGAUUCCGUGAACAAUUGAUAGAGUCUCUUGAAAAAGAUAUUAAAAGUUUAGAAAUUGAAAAAGUUAAUAAAGAGCUUGAAAAUAUUAUUGCCGUAGCCCAAAAAUUAAAUCCAGAAUAUAUUUCAUAUUAUAAUUCGUUGCUAUUAACAUGUUUGCCAUUAUUAAAUCAAUAUAUACUGUUAACACAUUUUUAUUUGACGGAACAAGUUGCAGCUUUUCGAGUUACCUGUAAACUUUUAUAUUUACAAUUGAAUGUAUUUUUAGAUUUAGCAACAAAUGGAUUCUGUAUGCCUAAAGAUUUGGAUUUAGAAAAUGAAGCCGAUGCGAAUGGCGCUGACGAGGGCCAAUGUAAAGAUGGUAUGGGAUUGGGUGACGGUGAGGGUAAAAAAGAUGUUUCUGAUAAAAUAGAAUCAGAGGAUCAGUUAGAAGAAGCAAGACCGGCUGGUGAAGAGAAGAAUGAAGAAGAUAAAGACUGUAAGGAAGAAGAUAACGGCAUUGAUAUGAGUGAAAAUUUCGAUGGUAAAUUGCAGGAUUUGGAUAAAAAUGAAAAUGAUGAAGAAGAUGAUGAAGAAAACGAUGACAUUGAUUUGGAUAAAGAAAUGGGUGACACUGAAACGGGAGCCGAUCAAAUGACUGAAGAUAUUUGGGGUGAUGAUACUGAUGAAUCAGAUACUGAAGAACAGACUGAAGAUACUAAUGAACAGGGAAAAGGAGAACAAACUGAUGAAAAAGAAUUCGGUGCACGAGAUGACACUAAGCAUCAAGGAGAAGAUAAAUUAGACAAGAAUGGCGAAGAAGAAAAAGAAGAAAAAGAUAAACCAGAAAUAAACGAGAUGAAUGAACCGGAUAUCAAUGAUGAUCAAAUAGAUCCAUAUCAUGGGAAACAUAAUCCUCAGCCUGAACCAGAGCCAAUGGAUCUGCCAGAUGAUUUAAAUUUAGAUGGUGAAGAUGAGGAUAGAGAAGAUAAUGCUGAAGGUGAAGAAAAUCCGUUUGAUAUUGACGCGAUGAAAGAAAGUAUACCGCCUGAAAAUGAAGAUACUGAUGCUGCUGAUCAGGAGAAAAAAACUGACGCUGAUGAAAAUCAGGGUGACGAUAGUAGUGAUGAAGAAGGAGGUCCAACGGUUGAGGAUACUGAGAUGAAAGAUUUGGAUGGUGCUGAUCCUGAAGAACCCGAAACUUCUGAUCAACAAGUUCCUGAUAAAGGAGACGAAAAAAUGGAAGAUGAUAAUCCGGACAAGGAGACUGAAGAAGAAAAAGGUGAAAGAGCUGUACCUAGUACAGAUGAUGGCAGUAAAGAAACUGACACCGCUGAUCAGCUUGAAAAUAAAGUUGAAGGUUCGCGUGAUAAAGCUGCUAAUGAUCAAAAUUCGGAGAGUCAAAAAGAUACAGCCCCUGUGGAAGAAAACAGUCAAGAUGAUGGCAAUGACAAAGGGACUGGUCAAGCGCAAUCUAAUCAACAAAAUGAAGGACACUUUGGUGGUAUUGCUGAGAAAAAUACAACUGUUCAAAAACGGCAAGAAGAACAAAAUCUUAGAGAAAAAAGAAAGAAUCCCGGAGAAAGUGAUGAAAAUCGCGCUUUGAUUGAUAAAGCACAGCCCAAUAAAAAGAAACUGAGAAUUAUUAAUACACGAGAGGAAUUGGGAAAUGACAAUGAUGAUGCUGAAGGUGCAGAAAAUGAAGAAAAUGGUGAUAUAGAUAUGUGUCAACACGUGAAAAAUACUGAAAAAUUCGAUGACUAUGCAACCGAUGCCGCUACUGAAGAACAAGCCAAGAAGCAAACAAUUGCAGAUGAAGAAAAAGAACCAGAUGCGCGUAAAGAAGAAUCGAUGGACGUUGAUAUGCAAGAAGAUAAGGAAGAAAUAUUUGAAGAUGUUAAAAAAAUUUACGCUGAGCCUACUUCAAAGACUGAUAAAGACAAAACAAAGUCUAAUUCGAAGAAUAAUAGAGAAGAUAUCUCUAACGCCGAAAGUAAACUGGAUGUUGAAGGUGAUAUUGUGCCCACGAUUACAGUACCACAAGCAAUAGAAUCAGCUUUCUAUACAAAUAUUAAAGAAGAUAAUUUUAUUGAUUUAACGCAAGAAGAAGAUAUUACACAGAAAAAGACUAUUAAACGUUGGAUUCAUAAACCAUCUUCUGAGGAAGCAUUAGCGACGUGGAAUAGUGUAAGUUCACGAACAGAAACAGCAGCCAGAGAUUUAUCUGAAAAAUUGCGGUUGGUGCUUGAACCUACUCAAGCAACUAGAUUAAAGGGCGAUUACCGAACUGGUAAGAGGAUAAAUAUGCGUAAAAUAAUUCCUUAUAUUGCGAGUCAAUUUAGAAAAGACAAAAUUUGGUUAAGACGAACGAAACCAUCAAAGAGGAAUUAUCAAAUUUUAAUGGCAUUGGAUGACAGCAGUAGUAUGAAAGACAAUUUAUCGCAUGAAUUAACCUUCGAAUCUCUCUCAUUGAUCAGCAAAGCUAUGGAGUAUCUAGAAGUUGGAGAUCUUGGUGUUGUUAGCUUUGGAGAAAGAGUUGAAGUUCUUCAUGCAUUAGGUAAACCGUUUAAUGAAGAAAGUGGAUCGAGACUCAUUGAAGAAAUGAGCUUUGAGCAGAAGAAAACUAAUAUUGGUGAAAUGAUCAAUGCUACUGUUGAUAUGUUUGAAGAACAAGGGGGUUCUACUGAUAGCGCUAAGCUUCUUAUCAUACUGUCGGAUGGACGUAUUAAUGAAAGUGAAGAAAAACUUAAUCUUGCUGUUAGGAGAGCUCAACUCGCUAAUAUUUUCAUAGUUUACAUAAUUAUUGAAACACCUGAAAAGAAACAUUCAGUCUUAGACAUCACCAAAGUUAUAAAGUUAGAAGAUGGGGUAACUUAUAAAUUAUGUUCUUACAUGGAUAGUUUUCCAUUUAAAUUUUACAUGGUACUUCGAAAUAUUAGUUCUCUGCCAGGAAUUUUGAGUGAUGCCUUGAGACAAUGGUUUGAAAUUGUCGGAAAAAUAGAUGCGUAAUUUUAUUUCUUAAUUAAUAGUAGUUUUUUUAUAUUGAUAAAAAAAUAUUUUUUGUGUUAGUUAAUAUUAUGACACUA